CCAAUCAGAAAAAAAAAUCGAGAGAAACAAAAAAACCUUAAAAAAAAAAACAGAGUGAGUUGGAUAUAGUAUUGGUCUACCGAGAAAAAAAGAAGAAGAAGAAGAAACGGAAUAAAGCAAAGAAAAGAAAAUAAUGAUGGAAAGUAAAGAUCAUGCGAUUAAACUCUUCGGGAUGAAAAUUCCUCUCUCGACGGUUUUCGAGGCUGCAGAUGAAGAAGAUGCAAUUUCGGCAAAGAAGAAACAAGACGAGACAUUAACAGAUCAAUCGGAGAAAGACAAAACCCUAAGGAAACCGACCAAGAUUCUUCCAUGUCCAAGAUGCAACAGUAUGGAAACAAAAUUCUGUUACUACAACAAUUACAACGUAAACCAACCUCGCCAUUUCUGCAAAGCUUGUCAAAGAUAUUGGACCUCAGGUGGGACCAUGAGAAGUGUCCCGGUAGGAGCCGGACGACGCAAGAACAAGAGCAACUUAUCUUCUUCACAUUACGGCCAUGUCACCACCAUCUCUGAACCAAACGGCCCGGUCCUUAGUUUCAGCCUCGGAGAUGAUCACAAGGUCUCGAACAAUAGGUUCGGGCAUCCGAAGCUAGUGGCUCGAAUAGACAACAAUGACCACCGCAAAAAUGAUGAAUCUUGUAACAACGAAAUGAACGGUUUGGAUUGCUUUCCGGGAGUUUCGUGGCCGUACACGUGGAAUCCUGGUUUUUACCCGGUUUACCCUUAUUGGAACAUGCCAUUGUUGUCUUCUUCGCCUAAUUGGUCAAGUCCUGAUUCUACUUUAGGGAAGCAUUCGAGAGACGAAGAUGAGACGAUUAAGCGAAAACAGAGGAAUGGAUCUGUACUGGUUCCUAAGACUUUGAGAAUUGAUGAUCCUAAUGGAGCUGCAAAGAGUUCGAUAUGGACAACACUUGGGAUCAAGAACGAAGUCAUGUUCAAAGGGUUUGAUUCGAAGAAAGAGGUUAAGAUUAACAAUGAAGAAACAGAGACUUCUCUAGUUCUUUCUGCGAAUCCAGCUGCGUUAUCAAGAUCAAUUAAUUUCCAUGAACGGAUGUGAUCCUAUAUAUAUAUAUAUAUAGUACUUACUAUAUAUAGAAUGUAUAGAUGUGGCUUACUUGUUUUUUUUGUUCCCCCGGCUUUCAUAGGCUUUAACAGGUUUUGUACCAUUUAUAACUUUUUACUUUCUAAUUCUUCAGUUUGAUUU